UGUGAAUUUGUUUAUUCGUCAUCAUGCCGCCUAAGACUAGCGGAAAGGCCGCCAAGAAAUCGGGCAAAGCUCAGAAGAACAUCUCCAAGUCGGACAAGAAGAAGAAGAAGCAUAAGAGGAAGGAGAGCUACGCCAUCUACAUUUACAAAGUACUGAAACAGGUACAUCCCGACACCGGUAUCUCGAGUAAGGCCAUGUCGAUCAUGAACUCUUUCGUGAACGAUAUCUUCGAGCGCAUCGCCGCCGAGGCUUCUCGUCUCGCUCACUACAACAAGCGAUCGACGAUCACCUCGAGGGAGGUGCAGACUUCGGUGAGGCUUCUUCUGCCCGGCGAGCUCGCCAAGCACGCCGUGAGCGAAGGUACUAAGGCCGUAACGAAGUACACGAGCUCCAAGUAAACGAAGCCGUAGUAGAACGCUACGAUUUAUGAAGGAGAUAAUAAUAAAAAGGCCCUUUUCAGG